AUGGGCCCCCGUACCGCCUCCUCAUGCUGCUGCCAGGCCCGUAUCUGCCAUGGGCCCCCGUACCGCCUCCUCAUGCUGCUGCCAGGUCCAGAGUGUCUCAUGGGUCCCUGUACGGCCUCCCAUUGCUGCUGUCUCCAUCGCCACACUCUGCCAUGUGCCACUUUCAGGUCUCCUCACACUGCUGGUGGGUUCCAUUUUGUCAUAGGGUGCAUAGGGUGCCAGGCAGAUUACGGGCCUCCCAUUGCUGCUGCUGCCAGGUCCAGGCCCGUACGGCCCUCCCAUUGCUGCCAUGUCAUGGGCCCCCGUACCGCCUCCUCAUGCUGCUGCCAGGUCCAGAGUCUCUCAUGGGUCCCUGUACGGCCUCCCAUUGCUGCUGUCUCCAUCGCCACACUCUGCCAUGUGCCACUUUCAGGUCUCCUCACACUGCUGGUGGGUUCCAUUUUGUCAUAGGGUGCUG